AUUCGAAGUACUAGUAUAAAUUUAUUAUUUAGGCCCUUUUAUCAAAAUUAUUAAUAGAACUCAAAAUGGCCGAAGAACCUGAUCCUACUGCACCUUCUGAGCCAGCAGAAGAGGCGGCACCUGACCCCACGCCUACCCCACCUCCUGAGCCAGCAGCUUCCCCUACGCCUACCCCACCUCCUGAGCCAGCAGCUUCCCCUACGCCUACCCCACCUCCUGAACCAGCAGGUACCCCUACGCCUACCCCACCUCCUGCGGCAACAGGUACCCCUACGCCUAUCCCACCUUCUCCAACGGCAACAACUUCAAAGGGCACGCCAGAUCCUUUACAUGCAGAAUUUUUAUAUUACACUGCCGUUCUGAGAGUCCUUGGACCAACGAUAACCUCAGAGUCAGAUAGAAAAACGAUAACACCAUGGAUAAGGAAAUUAUUCAGGCCAGAAUACCAUAGUUCUAAAUUGAGGGGGAAAAGGAACAGGUAUUUAGCUUUCCUGUCAACUUCCUUGCUACUAGAUGAAGCCGUAGGUGUUUUCCGUUCGAUACCACCAGAUGGAGCUAUUCCAGAUUUGAAAUCUCUGCAUACGGCACCGGUUCCUGCGGCCGAUUGGGAGAUAGAUACCACGUGGCAGGACACUCUAGUAGGUCUGCCGGAUGACUUUAAGAUGUUGGAAUGCUCUGUUCACGCAACAUCAGCGGAAUGCAAGGCGGACAAAAAUUUGGAUAAGAUCCUUGACCAAGAGUUCCAGUUGUACCUCUACAUAGCCAAACCUUACGCGUAUUUAUUGAAAAAUGGGAACGACAGGACAAGAGUAGCAUCAUGGUUGCAAAUGUUAUGUUCAAUACACGGAAAGGAGUCUUGUUCUAGCAUGAAAGCUAUUCGAAACGAUUAUAUGAUGGCUUUGUUGGGUUAUCUUCAAGAUCUUAGAUCAGUAGGACCGUUCGCCGAGUUGCCUAGCUGGAAGACACUAGUGCCUUUGGCAGAAGCAGCAAAAGCUGCGGCUGAAAAUAAACCCAUAACUGAUCCAACGGGGAUUGAGGCCAAUGAAUUCCUGACCAAUCAACCAAUGCCUGACGACGGGGCAUUCUGCUAUAUUGCUUUGACUGGGGAAAUGGUUACCUCGCACCUUCUUCAGGACUAA